CGAGCACGUCGUUCUGACAGCGUUAGCAAGGUCCUUGUUCACUGGAUCAUUUUUCUCUGCGGUGUUGCAGCCGUGUCGGGUAGUGAAGUUGUCUUGAUGUCUUGUUCGUCCCUCGACAAUUUACCACAUUACUGCAGUUAGGAGUUACAGUUAGUAAAGAGAAAGACGUUGCAGCAAAAUACAAUAAGACAGCACCUCCACAACCAGCGGUGAAGAUGUUGCGUCACAGUUUCUUCUUCGGAGGACUCUCCGCGGUGGUUUCCUCAGCCUCGUUUGUCUGGGGCUAUAAACACAAGAAACGGAGCGCGUACGCAGCGAAUGCCGGAACAGAUCAGCCGCCCAUGCCGGGUGGAGCAGCGGACGGCCUGCAACGGCCGUUGCUCCUGCAAGAAGGUGGCGAGCUACAAGGUUCAGCAGCCGCGAUGCAGCUGCCACAAGCCGCCGCGAGUUCUAGCAGCGACACCGCAACAGGCGUGCGAACGCUGAUCCGCCAAGUGCCCGGCGGCGCCUCUUUGUCCUCCGGCGCCGUGGCGAUUCCGCGCGGUAAGCUGCCAAUUGCAGUGUCCACCACGACGGGACAAGGUUCGCAACUCCUUGCGCCGAGCGCGUUGCCCGGAGCGGCGCAGCCCUUUUUGAGUCAACCUAGUACCGUGGUGGCGCCGCAGACCUUGCUUCCCGAGGCAGAGGACCACGACCUGGCCAGCCUCGUCGACCACUACCGCGAUCAGCUCCGCAAGAAACCGAAAAACGCUCCGGAGGCGGAAGCUGCCGGGGAUCUGGAAACCGGCAACGCGUCUGGACCACUCCGGCGGCGGCGACGGAACAAUGCUGCAGCGGCCGGGAGCGCGUCGCCCACUUCCUCUGAGACCGCCGCAUUGACGAGCCACCAGCAGUUGGCCCCGCAGCAGAGCGAAUAUACCACCGUGAUGAGCUACACAGGCGACGGGCAACAAGGGAACGCAGCAUCCAGCACCAGCGCAAACCCAGUCGCGCCGAACACGCAGCAAUGUGGUGCCAUGGCUCACGUGCGCAGAAGGUCCGGCGACCUCUCCAUGGCGGCACUGAGGUUUAGCUUGGAGGAAUCGACUCGCGACGCCUACAUCGGAGUAUCUGCCAGGUAUAGGUUUUGUUCUUGAUUUUACUCUAGAUAUUUUACAACCACGACCAGAAUCUUCAGGGGCGCAUUGAAUUUUUUUUCAUGCACGUUUUGUUUGAUGAUACUCGUCCAUCUACGGACACUGCGGCUGCACCUCCACCCACUCUCGUCUCUGUUCGGGCCUACAAGUAGCUGAUGUGAAAAAAAUGUAGGGAGAAAGUGCGACGGAUUGGAGCGUUCUUGCGAAACGACAUCAUGAACGGGAAGAUCGUGGCCACUAUGAGCACCCUGGCGUUGGGACACAUUAUGGCGUCGCUUGUGGAGCCGGAGCUGCAAGAGAAGCCUGUAGUCGGGUCGCUAAUCAACCUCGGGUUCUCCAUCCCCUUCUAUUUCGUCUUCUGGCUCGGCGACAUGUGGGUAAGCUGGUUGUAGGACCUGUGCGGGAUUCUUUAUUGCGCUUGUUUUUUCUAUCUUUCGAUUUGAUGUUGUUUCAACUCUUUUUGCAUGAUGUCAGAGGUAACGUAUUUAUCUUGCGUCGACGAGUACAGUGAUGGGGUUAUCUUUAUGGUUAUCUGAUCUUUUGUUUUCUUUGGACUGAUUCCGUCUCUGUAACCAUAACCUGUGUGUUGUUAUGUCUGGUACGAUAUCGGAAACCUUGAGACAGUAAAAACACGUAUACGUCGAAAACUUUCAACCCAGAACACGUGGGGCACGCCGAAGUUGCAGACGCUGAAGAGAUAUCAAAUGCAAAUAUGUUAGGGUCUGGUAAGGUUGAACCUGUAUUGCGUGUUUCGCAUUCCUACAAAAUCUGUAUUGCAUAAGCAGCAAAUAAAGCACGAGUACCACACUUUCGUCAUGUAAGAACGCAGUUUGUAAUGCGUCCUGCGCAUGACAGAACGUUUGAAAAUUUUGUCAUGCUGCGCCGCACUUAAAGUCACACUCAAUCAUGGCCAUUCAGCAUAACAAGUUUCCAGCCCCAGACAUAUUUGCAAUGCAUAAUAGAAAGUACGGCGAGCUCGAAGCGAAGGUGGGGGAACUGAAGGUCGUGCGUAUCAAAUGCAAAAAUGUCUGGGUCUGGAAGAAUUCAUGUUUGUCAUGCUUGUCUGGCAUGACUCUUAAAUCUGUCAUGCACGUUACCCAAGAGCUCCGUUUUUCUGUGAUGCAGAAGCGCAGAUUGUCAUGCAGAAUAGGCAACACCGAGGAGCUCAGAAACUCAAACUUGUCAUGCUGAGCCAGCAUUUGUAGCCUUAUUAUGAGACGCCCCCUAGCAUCACAAGUUUCCAGACCCAGACACUUUUACAUUUGAUAGUGCGUGACAAUCUGCGAAAGUGGCGCAACAACGUCGAGUGGAUCGCCCGGGGGGAGCGGUACGGCCUGUACGAUGACGGAGCGAACGACAUUACGGUAUAGGUCGGGUUUAGUUUUUUCUUUUUACUAUCGACUUGAUAGUACUACUAGUAGAUAUAGCCAGCGGAUGAACCUCGGUCUCGAUCCCAAAACUUUUUCGUGCACUACCCUACGAGGAAAUGAUGUUGUUCCAGUUGAUCAUAGGAUAAAUAAAGAAAUGAUGAUGUUGUUCCAGUUGAUCAUAGACAAAACUCAACUGCACACCCAGGUACAGCAGAGCAUGGCGGAGUUGUUUGAAAAGUCGUUUCCGGCACCGGACGCCGCCUCGUCCUUCAUGGCUUCGACGCAGUCCUCCGUGCCCGCCAUGCCCUCCACACAGCCGCUGCAGGCGGGCAUUGCCGCCUACGCCGCCGCCGCCAAGGGCUUCCCGCACAAGGACGCGAAGGGCAACUGGAUUCCCAACGAGUUCAGCGGACAAGGGCUGGACCCCAGUCGCGAGUCCUGGUUCAAAUCGCUGGGGGAGCACACAAAAACGGAACUCCGCACGUAUAACCUGCUCAGGUGUUACAAUCUCAAACGUUGCAAUAGAAUGAUCUGGAGUUUGUGUUGCAAGAAGUGCAUUAUCUAGCCGAAACUCUCAUAGGAUUGCGCAUGACAAGUUUCGGAGCUCCGAACCGCACUAGAAUUAUCUGGCGAAAUUUGUAUUGCAGAAAGCGGAACGCUCUGCGAGUCUCUCAUGCUCAUCAUGCAACACAAAUCCCAGAUUAUCUAUUGUCACGUUUGAGAUGGUAACCGAUUUGAGGAGGUCAUAGCACGAAGAUGCGGGCGUACCGUCGCCGCGUGCAGCACGCGCUCGCGCUGCAGACCCGCCUCAGUGGAGAAGUAUAUAUUCAUAUCUUCUUAAUUCUUGCAGACUUUUUAUUUGAGGAACUUAUUCUUUUUCUUGCGUAUUAGUGCAUAACCCCAAACCUCCGAACGGCCUAGCAUAGUAGGUCUACUACGUGAACAAGGUGAACGUAGGGCUACUUCUAUGUCCGAGAAUGUGAAGAUUCCACUGGUCAAUGUAGCAGAAGAAAAUGUGGAUCAUAUCUCCCCCCCCGCGAAAAAAAAAAAUAUAGGUGCAGGAAGAGUUCUACUUUCAGCUAGCGCUGAUCGACGAGUUGCGGAGCCGCGCCGUGGGAGAGUACCUGCAAGAGUGCCAGCAGGAGUUGGACGAGGCCGACUCAGAUUCCGACAGCAGCAGCAACCCGUGGGAGCACCUAACGCCGGACCAGGAGGAGGAACUGCAAAAAAUGCUGGACGGCUGUUCGGACCGCACCAAGCUCUCCUGCCUGCGCCGCAGCUGGCGCAGGUUUUGGGCGUGCGGGACCGCCCCGACGAAGGCCGCGGACGGCGAGCACAACUUCUACACGCUGCAGCAGGAUUUGUAUCCAGUGGACACUUGCGCCCUGGGCUGCGAUGAGAAUGGUAUUAGGAUGAUAGAUCACCGGUUUUUUACUUGCAUUUUGAUUUUGCACUUCGUGUGGUGUUGGGUACAAUUCUUCUCAUUCGAUCAAUUUACUUGUUUCGCCCCCUGGGCACUUGCUGUUUUGUUCACGUACGCCGCUUACUUACUUUUGGAGAAGUGAUGAAACUUCUAUCGAUUCGACAAAACGACCUUCUAGGUGGUGAGUGUGGGCCGCAAAAGGAUGAUGGUUCGGAGCUGGUGUGGGCCGGGGAAAAGAGUCCGCUCAGCAUGCUUGCCAAGGUCCGGGCAAAGGAAACCCUGGCGACGCUGGACCUCAUCGAGAAGGCACUGGAUACGCCAGACGACGCAGCGAUGGAGUAAACGCAGACGUCGCUCGCAUCAUGAACGUUGUCACGAGGGGCGGUCCGCCUCGCAAUGAAGAUGUGUUUCAACAAAACCUGCUGAAUGAAAGGAUAUCUCAAGUUUAUCGCGUUUCUGUUUUGUACCUGGUCCUGAUACUUUGUUUAGAGAAUGUUUUUCUAAGUAAGAGACGUUUACUUUAUUCAGCAAGUUUUACCGAGAAUAAGUGAUUAGACCCGCAGGAGACAUGGGUCCUGCAACCUACUGCGAAACUUUUCAAAAUACGUCUGCUUUUCAGAAUAUUAGGUUUUACGCCUGCUUUUCUGUAAUCCGAAAGUUGAGCGUAAAACAAAACCGAUUUAUUUCGCAAGCACCAGAGGAAUUUAUUCAGAGAGAUCGAAACACGUAGCACUCGUCAAGGUUCGUUGUACAGAGGUUUUUUAUCAAAUUUGAGAACACAGACAAGGAGAACUCCCCUUAGCCAGAUCGAUUAUUUCUCAGCCAAGAUUUGUCCAUCCACGUUGCGCAAUUAUACUUACUUUCGAAAACGCGGAUAGAGGUUGAUGCUGCUCGGAGACGUUCGAUGCAGAGAAAUCGAACUUCGAAA